AUGUAUUAUCUCCCUCUAUUGCUGCUGCUGGGCACUCCCUUGCCGGUGACGGCGCAUGGGAUUUCCCCGGUCGCGCCCAAGAUCUCCCCGAAAGUGUUUAUCGUCUCCAUGUUUGAACCAGAAGCCGAGGUGUGGUGGGACAUCCCCGAAUUUGAUGUGCUUGCCCACAACAUCUCCCUGCCGGGCCUCUCGCCUCUCUUCCCCGAUGUGCACUGCACCCGGGAUUACACCAUCUGCCAGCUGAUCACGGGCGAAUCCGAAAUCAAUGCAGCCACCACGAUCACGUCGGUCGCGCUCUCGACCCUCUUCGACCUCACGCAGACGUAUUUUUUCAUCGCCGGCAUUGCCGGUGUCAACCCGGAGCGCGCCACCACGGGCUCGGUGAUGUUUGCGCGAUAUGCCGUGCAGGUGGCCUUGCAGUAUGAGAUCGAUAUCCGAGAAUUGCCCUCAGACUACCCCACGGGUUAUAUCCCCCAGGGCGCGGAUUUCCCCGGUCAAUAUCCUCUCAGCAUCUAUGGCACCGAGGUCUUCGAGGUCAAUGCCGAUCUGCGCACCAUGGUCGCUCAUCUCGCUCGCCAGGCCACUCUCUCCGACUCGGCCGCCGCCAAAGAGUAUCGCGCGCAUUACGCCACCAAAGACCACCAGUACAAAGCAGCGACGCUAGCACCAGGGGUGGUGGAGUGUGAUGUGGCCACCUCCGAUGUGUACUACAGUGGAAACAUCCUGGGAUCCGCCUUUGCGAACACUACCAAGCUGCUGACCAACGGAACGGGCGAUUACUGUGCCACUGCCCAAGAGGACAAUGCCACCCUCGAGGCACUUCUCCGGUCGUCCGCUCGCAAUCUGACCGACUUCUCUCGCAUCAUCGUCAUGCGCACCGCGUCGGACUUUGACCGCCCGUAUCCGGGGUCGUCGGCGGCCUACAACCUGCUUCAUGCCAACCAGGGCGGGUUCGAGCCGGCGAUUCAGAACAUCUACCAUGCCGGAAUCAAGGUGGUUAAGGGCAUCCUCAAUGGCUGGGAUGAGACCUUUGGCCCGGGCGUCACGCCUCAUAAUUAUAUUGGCGAUAUUUUUGGUACUCUGGGCGGCCAACCAGACUUUGGACCGGGGCGCACCCAAGACCUGCUCGAGGGUGGCGCGCUGAAGAAGAGGAGUAUGCGCGGACGUCCGGGACGGCGUGGCUGA